AUGCAGGGCCUGACAGACUGCGUGAGCCACGUGGAGGCAGCCUGUGACAGCCUGAGAGAGGCCCAGAACACACUAGCUGAGGCUGCAGAAACCUCCUCAGAACAGGUACGUGGCAUGGACCUACACAUUGAGGACUUGUACAACAGGGGGCGCUGCAAUAACUUAAGGCUGCGCGGCCUCCCUGAAACUGAGGACCCCCCCCAGCAACUACAGGAAAGCCUCCUGGAAAUAUUUAAUGGGAUACUAGGUCAUGACCACCAGGCACCUAUAGAAUUU